GUCUUCACUAGCUUGCUUGGCUUCGAGGUUCUCACACUGCACGCAGCAAGGUUGUUGGUUUGGAGGUUUUUGCCACCAGAAGAAUUCAAAUUCUGCACCAGAUUUGGGAACAGAGAACCAUAUUCCAAGCUCAUCUUUCGUGGUUUCCGCUAUUUCUGUACGGGCGGUCAGUGGUUGCAAACGCAUCUUCCUCAGACUCUGAUGUUGAGCCUGCCAUCUCUCGUAUUCCUACCCUCCCUGUGUGUCUUUGGGCUGACCGAGAUGGACCCUCAGUGGGGGGACUUCACCGAGGUCCACAGCAAGCUGUACGACGAAAUCAUGAGUUCCAUCGACCUGGUCUUCGGGCACUUCAGCGAUGGAGUUCGAGGACUUCCGGCGGAACGCCUCGGGCAGGCCAUGCGGAUCCUGGGGAUGAACCCCACGGAGGAUCAGGUCUACAAACACUUGGCAGAUCUUGGUCGCCCAAAGUACAUCGACCAAGCGACGUUUCACCGUUUCAUCCAGGACGAAUUGACAAAGUAUCUCGAACAGGUUCAGGCUGUGGUUGACUAUUUGAAGCAAUAUGAUACGGACAACAAGGGCGCCUUGUCCACUGAAGAAGUUCAAGCAGCGAUCAGAGGAAGUGAGCUGAGCCAGAAGAAGCUCCAGGCAAGUGUCGCAAAGAUGCCAAGCAACAGUAAAGGUCAGCUGGAUAUUGUGGAGCUGGCAACGUGUUUUCUGGAGCUGGGUGAUGAGGCGGAAAUGCUUGAGCCAUCGGAGGCAGAGAAAGAGAGAGCAUCUGCGAGUGAAGCAGAUAGCAAAGCAGUCGAAAUUCAGGUGGUCAAAGAUGCCGUAUCAGCUGAUGCCGAGGAGAGCGCCAGUGGCCCAGCAGCUUACAGCACGAUGUUCAACGACAUCAUCGCUUCCACGAACGCUGUCUUCAGAUAUUUCUCCCAGCCUUCUGGAGUUCCCGCGGAACGACUUGGACAUGCCAUGGCUAUUCUUGGGAUGAACCCCACGGAAGAUGAGGUCAAAAAGCAUUUGGCAGGUCUCGGUGGUCCAAAAUACAUUGACCAAAAGAUGUUUCACCGUUUCAUAGAGGAGGAAUUGGGAAAGCUGAUUCCGAAAGUUCAGGAAUUGCUCGACUAUCUAAAGCAGUUCGACACGGACGGUAAAGGGGCAUUGUCAGAGGAAGAGCUGCAAGAAGUGAUGAGAGGAAGUGAGCUGAACCAGGACAAAGUCCAGGCCAGGUGGGAGCUGCACGAUGGAAUUUGGAGGUUGCCAUUCUUUAAAGUUUGUCACAAGACUGCAAAGCCAAUCCUGGUCAUUCCAUACAUAACUGGUUUACGCAUGCUUAGACUUUAG